UACAGUUCGCGGCUCAGGAAAAAGAGAGUGAACCGAGUGACGACACUGACGACAUAUUGAACAUUGUUGCUUUCCUUAAACCGGACGGAAAAUGCAGAAUCAAGAGAAGGCAUUGGAGAUUUCCUUAGAGGCUCUGACAAAUCGAGUCCAAGAUUUGAAGACUUCCUUAAUAUCCUUCUUGGCCAAGCUUGAACUGGAACAUGCAACACUCACAUGGCCCUCUGUGCUCAACAGCUUUGCUUUACUAUCAGGUCAGAUUAACACACUGAACAAAGUGUUGAAGAGCGAUAAGACUCCUGCUCUAAGGAAUCUGGUCUUGCUGCCACUGAAGCUGUCUCAGGAUAAAGAUGAAGAACUGGAGAAAAUGACCGAGGGUCGUGUGCCAGCCUUCAACCAUGAGGUUGUACCUAAUUAUCUACGCACCAAGGCAGAGCCAGAGGUUGAGGAGAGAGAGUUGCAGAUAAAGCAGAAGGCAGCUACGAUAUCUCCUGAACAAGCUCAGAAGCAGAUAAACAGCAUGAAUAAACUUGUUAAUCGAAUCCUUGAUAUGGUGAACAGUGCAAAGGAUGACUGGGAAGGCGAUAAUGCCGCAAUGAGGCUGACGUCACUGAGCAACUCUAACCCUACAGACACGGCGGCAUUAGUUGGAGCUAUAACCAACGGUAGAGGGCUGAAGCCCAUCCGUAUGCCUGUACAAGGUCAACAUAGCAUUCCGGGUCAACCAGGGGGACCAACCCUAUCACAACCACAGAGACAAGAUCAGCAUGUUGCCAUGGGUAAAGCACAAAGUACCAUCAAAACUAACAUCAAGGCUGGAGUAACUGCACAUCCAUACGGUCAUAGAUGAAGUUCAUCAAGCAUCUCUUAAUGUUUUAGUUUACUGUAGAUAAUCCUGCAGUCAUUAAGACCGGUUCAAAGUUACUGCGAAUGCGAAAUGAAGUUUGACAUCACAGGGCUGUUUUCGCACUGAAUGUUUCACAGGGGUUAAGCAUGUCAAGCCAACUGAAGCCAAUUAUUUGUUGCAAAUUUGUGACGUCGAAAUUUGUAUCGCAUUCGCAGGAAGUAUGAACCAGGCUUUGGUUUUGUUAUUUUUUAUCUUUCCGAAAAAUACUUUAUGGCAUGAUGUUGGUUUUGAGCCUAGCAGAGUCUUAAGGGCCUAUUUGUUUUUGCAUUUAUACCACAAUUCCUUUUGGUUGGUCAGUAGUUUGCUACAGCUAGUUUCUAAAUGUCUUAUUUAUUUGGCCCAUGACAAGAAAGAGACAUGAAGGCAGGGAAUACCAGAAAAAUAUGUGAACUUAAAACAAGAAAGUCUACAGAGGGAAUUUGGUUAAGGGUACAAAUGAAAACACAGGAGUGACAGGAAGGAAAAUGGUGGAACAAGAUAAGAAUUUAACUGUUAUGAGUUAUUACACUCCUGGCGUAGGUUAAGUCACAUCAGUUAGACCUGUGCAUAGUAGAGUACAAAACAUACAAACUGACUAUAUAACAGUUGUUUUGGGGGGAUGUUAAUGAAAAGUGAUUUGCAGCAGGUCACGAAACACAAGGUGUGAACAAAAUUACCAAGGAGUUUGCUGGGGUUAAAGUUCUGUAGUGUGAAUAGGGAUAAUGAAGGGCUUCAUACACGUCAAACUAAAGAAUAAAUCGAUUUCUUGAUGGAGACAAAUAUUUCAAGCGUUACAUUUAUUUGAUUCCUGGUUGCACCUUCCUUGCUAAUUCAUUUCAAUCCAUAGUUAACUUACUACUGUCAUCUCGGAGUUUCAUUCUGGUGAAUAAAAUCAUACUGAAAUGUGUAUCAAAUGUUCGUUUUUGCAAUCAAAUAUUUUACCAGCCUGAAUAACAAAUAAAAUACCACAAAGUGUAUUUCUGGACAUCAAUGGCUGUUUUUCCCCCGCAACCUUAUCUCAAAACUCUAACUCUUAAACCAACUUCAGUUUCCCUAAAAUACAAACGUAAAUUUAAUUCUGGAAAGUUGUCAUCGCCCUGUAUCAUAGUUUAUUAAUAUCCAAAACAAAUUUCAGCCAAAUAUUACGAGUAACUGUACUGAACAAACCUAAAAAGGUUUGCUUUGCAAAAACAAAUGUUUAAACAGAAAACCCCCAAAACCACCUUGUUCCUUUUACAUUUACAAAUAUGAGACUUCCAGGUAUACCCCAGUACAGACAUGUCCCUGUUACCUUUUGAUUUAAUAAAUACAAUAAUAAUAAUGAU